AUGGAAAUAUCUUCAGGCGCUAUUGAUGGUGAUGGUCGAGUUACCGGAAAUGAUGCUACCGAAUUCUUUUCAUUGUCUCGUUUAUCUCGCCAGGAUCUGAAACCGGUAUGGGCGAUUGCAGAUUCAAAGCGACAAGGAUAUCUUGGGUUCAAAGAGUUCAUUGUUGCUAUGCAGUUAGUUUCUCUUGCGCAAUCUGGGCGUGAAAUAACAAAUGAUAUCCUCAAUAGCGAUGUUGACUUUCAAAGUCUUAAAGCUCCGUCAAUGGAAGGUUUGGAUGCGUUAUUGGCGAAGAAUAGGCGUUCUUCAAAAUCAAAUGAUAAUGAAGCAAAUGGUAUUCCUACAGUGCAAUUGUCACCUUCGGUAAAUUGGUUUUCUUCAAAACCAUCAAGAAAGGUAUCUCUUUCGUCUGUUACAUCAAUCAUUGAUGGCUUGAAGAGACUGUACAUUAAGAAGCUGAAGCCAUUAGAAGUUACUUAUCGUUUUAAUGAUUUUGUGUCUCCGCUCUUGACAAAUAGUGAUUUUGAUGCCAAACCUAUGGUUAUGCUUUUGGGUCAAUACUCAACUGGAAAAACUACAUUCAUUAAGCAUUUACUUAGAAGCAGUUAUCCAGGAGCUCAUAUUGGACCCGAGCCUACAACUGACAGAUUUGUUGUUGUUAUGUCUGGGACUGAUGAAAGAAGCAUUCCAGGCAACACAAUUGCAGUUCAAGCUGACAUGCCAUUCAGUGGACUCACAACAUUUGGAACUGCAUUUUUGUCAAAAUUUGAAUGUUCUCAAAUGGCACAUCCUCUGCUGGAGCAUAUUACAUUUGUGGACACACCUGGAGUUUUAUCAGGAGAAAAACAACGGACCCAACGAGCUUAUGAUUUUACAGGUGUAACGUCAUGGUUUGCUGCAAAAUGUGACCUCAUUCUCCUUCUGUUUGAUCCUCACAAACUUGAUGUCAGCGAUGAGUUCAAGCGUGUUAUUUCAUCUUUACGUGGUCAUGAUGACAAAAUUCGCGUGGUUCUCAAUAAGGCAGAUCAAGUGGAUACUCAACAACUUAUGAGAGUCUAUGGAGCUUUAAUGUGGUCACUUGGGAAAGUUUUCAAUACUCCAGAAGUUAUGCGUGUCUAUAUUGGUUCAUUCAAUGACAAACCAGUAAAUGAAGCUGCUGUUGGUCCAAUAGGGAAAGAACUUUUCGAGAAAGAACAGGAGGACCUUCUUUCUGAUCUAAAAGACAUACCAAAGAAGGCUUGUGAUCGUCGGAUAAAUGAAUUCGUAAAACGUGCUCGAGCUGCCAAGAUACAUGCUUACAUUAUUAGCCAUCUUAAAAAGGAGAUGCCCGCUAUGAUGGGUAAAGCAAAGGCUCAACAAAGACUUCUUGAUAAUUUGGCAGACCAGUUUGGAAAGGUCCAAAGGGAGUUCCAUUUGCCUCCAGGUGAUUUCCCAAACGUAGAGCAAUUUAGGGAGGUUUUGAGUGGUUACAACAUGGACAAGUUUGAGAAAUUAAAGCCUAAAAUGAUACAAGCUGUGGAUGACAUGUUAGGUUAUGACAUUCCAGAGCUGUUAAAGAACUUCAGAAAUCCAUACGAUUAG